AUGUCUGCAACAAACGAUCUACACAUCACAGUUCCUGAGCCUGAGUACAAAUUUGAGCAGAAACAUGGACAAAUGUCUGUAGAGGAAGACUGCGAUUACUCACAAAGGGGACAGUGGCUGCGUGCUGCUGUUUUGGGAGCCACUGAUGGUUUAGUCUCUGUUGCAUCUCUGAUGAUGGGUGUUGGAGCUGUCAAGCAAGAUGUGAGAGCCAUGAUUCUUACAGGCUUUGCUGGCUUAGUUGCAGGUGCAUGUAGUAUGGCAAUAGGUGAAUUUGUUUCAGUGAGCUCCCAACGAGAUAUAGAGGUGGCUCAGAUAAAGAGAGAUAAGAGAAUUUCAGGAAAUGAGGAGGAAAGUGAGAAGGAAGCACUGCCAAAUCCCAUUCAAGUAGCUGCAGCAUCGGCCCUAGCAUUUAUGUUGGGGGGCCAUCAUGCCCUUACUGGCUGCUGCUUUCAUAAUGGACCAUAA